AAUGACACAGUUGUGGUGUAUAGUGAGUAGGCAGCAGCCAAUCGAGCCUAUUCGCGUGACGAGAAAGUAGCAUUCCUCCGAGGGACAAAAGUCUAUGCAUACGUAGAAAAUCUUCUGUAAUUCGAACGUGUUUUGUGAAAUCUAGGAGGGAAGGUGAACUGGAAAAACAGCCGCUGAUAAUUGGCCGACAGUUUACAGAAUGGAAGUGAAGCAUUUGAAAAUCGACGAACGCUUGUUCGAAAAAGCGCUUCGGAGGAAAUUAUCAGACGAAACGGUACAGGUACUGGAAAUUAAGAACAAUCCUAUCUCGGAUAAAGGAUUGAAUUUUCUAAGUGAUCUGUUUGAAGUUUCUGUACGAUACACCGUGACAUCGAAGAAGGAGAAAACGAAAUCCGAACGUUCGACCGAUGUUUUUAUUAAAAUUGAACCCCUAAACGACGUACCGAGAGACCUUGUUCGUCAGCAGGAUCUGUUUUUUACCGAAUUAAGAGUCCUACGUGAUGUUCUACCAAAAAUCAAACAAUUGAUGAGUUGCCAAUUGGGACCACAUUUGUGGUACGGCAGCGAUAAUCCUCCGGUUCUUAUGAUGGAAGAUUUAAAAAACAGAGGAUUCAUUAUGAAAAAUCGACAAAAAGGGUUGUCCUUUGGACAUUGUAAUUUAGCUAUUCAACAAAUUGCGAAAUUACAUGCUGGGUCUGUUGCAGUUUUUGAAAAGGAUCCAGAAACGAUUGAAUCUUUCAGAAACGGUGGCAUAGUUUCAUCUAAAUGCCCGACAAGCUACUUACGACUGAUGGAAGUAAGCCUUAUACGAAUAGGCAAUGAGAUACGAAAUUGGGAAGACAAAAAAUGUGCGAACGCAGCGGAUAAAUUAAUUAAAGUGGCGGAAACUAUUGGUACCCGUUGUGUUGACGCGUAUAAAUACGAUCCCGAUGAAUUUUGUGUAUUAAAUCAUGGAGAUUGUUGGAUCAACAAUAUGAUGUUUAAGGAAAACGAAAAAGGCGAACCGACUGAUCUUCUUUUGGUCGACUAUCAAAUGGCUGUUUACACUUCUCCAGUCAUCGAUUUACUAUAUUUCCUGAACAUUUGUCCCGAGUUCAGUGUUAAAUACGAUAACGAUGACUACUUUUUGAAAAUUUAUUUAAAUACUUUGAAAGAAACUAUGAGAAGCAUAGGUUGCAAAACAAAACCACCAACGAUGCAGCAAUUAAAAGACGCACUACACAAACGAAGAAUAUACGCAGUUUUCUCUGGAAUCGUACUUUAUUUACGAAUGAUGGCGAAUAAGGAGGAUACUGAAGACUUCACUGUGGUUCUUAAAAAGUUCUCAGGUGAAACUAAACUGGAUGUUUUUAGAAACCCUGAUGCGGUGAAACUGGCUCAUAAAAUGAUCCCAGUUAUGAACGAAAGAGGAUAUUUUGAUUGAAAUAAUCAGUUAAUUAUUGAAGUAGAAAUGAUCCUGUUAUUCAGCAUAAAGUUAAGAUCAAAUGAAAUAAAAUAUUUGAAAUAUA